AUGGCUCCUGCACCCACAGGUUUCUCAUUCUCGACUUCAACAGGAGGUUCUUCCUUCUCCUUUGCUCAAGGUCAAUCUUCCUCGGGACCCUCGACAUUCUCUUUCGGAUCUUCCUCUAACCCUUUCCCUCAGAAGUCCGCUACGUCAACAUCGAUGUUCACCAAUCCGUCUCAGGAAGUAGACGGUAUGGAUCAAGAUGGUGACGAGGAUGAAGAAUUGGAGGUGGAAGUUUUACAUCUGCAGCCUUCCGCAUAUCCCAAGGGGGAGAAGAAGAGAUGGAAAUCUAGUGGGAGGACAAUCAAUGCUGUAACUUCACCUGUAGGCGGAGAGAUAGCUUCGUGGAUCGCCAAGAAGCCUUCAGCAAAUCCCAACGAACCUUCCACCCUAUCUGAGCCAAGUUUAUCGCUCUCUGAUCGAACGAUAUUUUUCACUUCUUUAUCUUCCCUUACCGAUUCACUCGUACAACUGUAUACGGAAUCACAUCUCCUUUUCACCUCCUUACAGCAGAUAGUAGCUGAAUCGCAUUCUCGUCGACUCCCCUCAAUAGGCUUAGAGAAAAUAGCUGAAGCUUGGGAUAGAAGAGGAAACUUGGUCUCACCAGAGGGUCUACUAGGCCCUCCAGACGCUGAGACUAUCAUGCAUAUGAGGAGACUGGCGGAUUUGUAUUUGGAUCAAUUAGGAGAAUUGAAAGCGAACCAAGAUAUCGAUAUCGAAUUGAGAGCAAGAUUCACGACGUCGUACAGUACACUCAAUCUCGCUGAAGUAUUGUAUCUACCGGUGGAUGGUAAAGGUGAAGGAUUGGUGGGAGAAGAGAUUUUAGAUUGGGUUAAUGAUGUAGAUCCAGCACCUGACAAUUCCCAAGGUAAUGAAAUUAUGUCCACCCAAAAUCCUUGGGAUCAUCCUCUAUUCUUCCCAUACAUCUCAAGAUGCAUAUUGAGGGGAUUCCACUUACCUGCGGCAUCCUUCUUAAAAUCACUUUCGAAACAUCCCAAUAUAUCUAUAUCGAAAUUAUCUUCCAUGUUAUCUCAACAUCUAUCGAUAUUCCCCCGGUCGACCGAAGAGCGCUGGAGAGUAGAUUUAGAUUUCCUCCAAGCUCAUAAAUCCUGGUUGGCCAAAUUCAAAGCGGAAUUGAUCAGUUUCACGCAAGGUAAACAGAAAGGACAGUGGUUCGGUGAAGAUCAAUACAAAUCGAUAGAAAAUGAUUUCAGAGUGAUAAUCGAUUUGAUGGAAGGUAAACCUCAGAGAAUACUUGAUGAAGCUUCGGAUUGGAGAGAAGCUUUGGGAGCCUGGGGGAUAUUGGUUGAUGUUGAUAUGAGAAGAGAUCAUUUACCAGAGAUAAUGGCUAUGAUCUUGGAUAAAAUCCCGGUAGAUACGACUAUACCUGAAGAUGCUAUACAGUCUGCAUUGUGUUCAGCAGAUAUAAUCAAAGCUUUAAUGGGAUGUUACGAUAUCGACAUAUGGCUGUCGGCGCAUCUUGGGGACUUGUUGGACAAACUAGAAUUGAUACCAGACGACGAAGAGCGUUUCGAGAUUCCGUUAAGAGAUUAUUUCUUAUUGGAAUACACGGAAAUACUACAGAAUAACCCAAAAUACUCGGCAUUUUGGAGGGUGAUAUGUGAUUAUCUGAAUUAUGCUGGACAGGAAGGCAGGAAUAGGUUGAAAUCGCAUAUCAUGAGAAUAUCCAUUUCUUUAGAUGGUCAAUCGAAAUCCGAGAAUAGGAAGACACAAGCUGAUGGUAUGGACGUAGAAGAAUCAACGGAAGGAGAAGGAGAACAGACGAAGGAGAUGGAAGAAGCUGUGAGAUUGUUGGAUGAGAUCCGAGCGGCAUGCGGUGAAUUCAAGUUGGAAGAAGAAUUCAAGAUGAUAUCCCAGAUCUUAGCUUCAAAGUUGAUCAGAAAAGGUGAAUAUGGGAUGGCGGCUAGUAUGUCAAUGAUGGCAGGUGAUGGUUGGGCGUUAUCGAGGAUUGCAGAGAAAAUUCUCGACUCAUAUAUAACGGAUGGGGACGAAGAAUUCCUUAGACUGGUUGAUACGCUCCCACCUACCCUUCUCAGCGAAGCACCAACAGCAUUAGCGGAACUGCAAAACCAAUUAGAUCCUGCAUCAGGUUUACCGGACUUACCCGCUACCUCAGCCUUGAGCAUCUUCGCAUCUAGAUUGACAUUCUUAUCUGAAUUGAGAGAUUACUUGCUAUUCCUCAAUCAAGGUGCAAGAGAUAGAGCAGCAUCGAAAUUGGUGGGACUGUUGACUUCUGGUAUUGCCCCUGUGGGGAUUUGGGCGGUAUUAUUGGUAGAGAGUAUCAAUUUGCUCGAAGAUUCGGAUAUCCUAUUCUCUUCAAAUGAGACAUUCGAAAUACUUAGAGUAUUGGAAGAGGUCAAGGUGAAUUCGUCAUUUGCCAAACAGGAUUAUCUGGAGCAAUUGAUACAGUACCUUCAGAGAUUAUCUGGUGAUGGUGAUGAUAAGACGAAGAUGACUGGGUAUGAUGAGGGGUAUAAGAAAUUGGAUCAGGUCAGAUUAGCGUUGGCUAGGAAUUUAGCUAGAUCUUUAGUGGGCGGAUUUGAUAGUCCGUUCUAA